GCCAUCAUUCCAAGGUACUCUCGAGGCUCGUCCUGACGUGUUUUCUGUGUGUGUGAGCGCCGUGGAGCAGCAAAAUUUUCCAGCGGUGAAAAGUCCUUGAAGGGAAAGUGUGGCCGCUUGAAACCCCUUCGGAACGGAAAUCGGACCAGCUUUCCAUUUUCGGAAAAUCCUACGAGUGACCGUGUUUGUGCAGCAGCGCAACGCCGAACCAGAUCUCAGUUAGUGUGUCGUUUUGAGUAAGAACCAGCAGCAGCAGCAGCAACAGGAUGGGUAAGGAGAAGAUUCAUAUCAACAUCGUCGUCAUCGGACACGUCGAUUCCGGCAAGUCCACGACGACCGGUCAUCUGAUCUACAAGUGCGGUGGUAUCGACAAGCGUACCAUCGAGAAGUUCGAGAAGGAGGCCCAGGAGAUGGGCAAGGGUUCGUUCAAGUACGCCUGGGUGCUGGACAAGCUGAAGGCCGAACGUGAGCGUGGUAUCACCAUCGAUAUCGCCCUGUGGAAGUUCGAGACGGCCAAGUACUACGUGACGAUCAUCGAUGCCCCUGGACAUCGUGAUUUCAUCAAGAACAUGAUCACCGGAACGUCGCAGGCCGAUUGUGCCGUGCUGAUCGUUGCCGCCGGUACCGGUGAGUUCGAGGCCGGCAUCUCCAAGAACGGCCAGACCCGCGAGCAUGCCCUGCUUGCCUUCACCCUCGGCGUCAAGCAGCUGAUCGUCGGUGUCAACAAGAUGGACUCGACCGAGCCGCCGUACCACGAGGCCCGUUUCGAGGAAAUCAAGAAGGAAGUCUCGUCCUACAUCAAGAAGAUCGGCUACAACCCGGCCUCGGUCGCGUUCGUCCCGAUCUCCGGCUGGCACGGAGACAACAUGCUCGAAGCAUCGGACAAGAUGCCCUGGUUCAAGGGAUGGGCCGUCGAGCGCAAGGAAGGCAAGGCUGAGGGCAAGUGCCUGAUUGAGGCCCUGGACAACAUCCUGCCGCCGUCGCGUCCCACCGACAAGGCUCUGCGUCUGCCGCUGCAGGACGUGUACAAAAUCGGCGGUAUCGGAACGGUACCAGUCGGUCGCGUUGAAACCGGUAUCCUGAAGCCAGGUAUGGUCGUCGUGUUCGCCCCGGUCAACAUCACCACUGAGGUCAAGUCGGUCGAGAUGCACCACGAGGCGCUGUCCGAGGCCGUGCCCGGAGACAACGUCGGCUUCAACGUCAAGAACGUCUCGGUGAAGGAGUUGCGCCGCGGUUACGUCGCCGGCGAUUCCAAGGCCAGCCCGCCGAGGGGUGCCGCGGACUUUACCGCCCAGGUUAUCGUUCUGAACCACCCGGGUCAGAUCGCCAACGGUUACACCCCGGUGCUCGAUUGCCACACCGCCCACAUCGCGUGCAAGUUCGCCGAGAUCAAGGAGAAGUGCGAUCGCCGUUCCGGCAAGGUCACCGAGGAGAAUCCCAAGUCCAUCAAGUCGGGUGACGCCGCCAUCGUCAACCUGGUGCCAAGCAAGCCGUUGUGCGUCGAGAGUUUCCAGGAGUUCCCGCCGCUGGGACGUUUCGCCGUGCGUGACAUGCGUCAGACCGUGGCCGUCGGUGUCAUUAAAUCGGUCAACUUCAAGGAGGCCACCGGUGGUAAAGUAACCAAAGCCGCGGAGAAGGCCCAGAAGAAGAAAUAACUAGAGACAGCGGAACACCCGAGUACAGUAGCGGCAGCAAACAGCACUGCUAGCAGCAACAACAGCAACACUACUAUUACUACUAAUAAACCAACCCAAUUCUCAACAUUGUUAUUAUUGAAUAAUGAUGAACGAAUGCGGAUCUUUAUUGACGCUGCAAUCCACCCGGUUGCCGCCAAUAGAAAUCAUCCAUUAUUAUUAAAUAAUAAUCUAAGAAGUAAUAUUAAUCAUAAACUACAACUUAAUAAUAAUCGUAAUAAUUUAAACAAAAACACAAAGAAGAAAAAUCAGGCCGGCUGGUGCAGUGGAGAGGAUUUUAUUGGUAACAUUGCUAACAACUCUACAACAACACCCAUGGCAGCAACACGAUCAUCACCAUCCCCAGCAUCCCUAAUGACUUGCUUCAACCAACUGACUACAUCAUCCCUCUCGACGGUCCUUUCCGCCUCGAACAACGAGGUCUGCAGCAGCAACGAUUACUCAUCGCCAUUAUCAGCAUCAUCUGCAAACAAGACUAAUUUAUUUUACCACCAUAGAAAGGCAUUUCGAAGGAAAGAAGACCUGCACGAUGUGAUGAUCAUCGCCAACAUUACCAUAAUCGCCACCAUUGAGUAUGUCCUUUUGCUGACCUACGCCACUAUCAUCAUCCCUAUUGCUAGACUAGCUGGUUCUACUAAUUGCGUGUCCACCAUUCGGUCCUGAUGCAGCAGCAGCAACCCGCUACGAAUGUGUGCAAUACCAAAGAUAAUUUUACGAUGAUUCGAUUAAGUUUACUCGUUUAGGCAUUAACUUCUAGUUUUGCGUUUAGAAAAGACAUGAUAAGUUGAUUUGUACAACCAACCUGUUGGAAAGGAUCGAGAAAUAAAGCGAUGAGCGGAGAGAUGGAAACAAGCACAAAAUUGGCUGAUUUUUGCAAACUAUUUGUGAUAUUUAAACCGCUGUGUUUUUUCUGUAAGAAAUAUUUUUUCAAACCAUGAAAAUCUAAUUUUCGUUAAAGGAAAAAACAAGCUAAAGCAUAAAAGACACCCAACAAAAACACCCAAAACGCAACUCCCCCCACAAAAAGUGAGAAUCGUGCUGCUACAAAAAAUAAGAAAAUA